ACGCCAAAUCCAUACCACCCAAAAACCGCUGGCCCCAACUCUCUCUCUCUCUCUCUCUCUCUUCCAAAAAUUUCAGCUUUCGGAAAUACGAAACACAAAAAUAAAAUAAAACGGCAAAAUACAACACUUGAUCGCAAACCCUAGAAGUAACGAGAAAAAGGGAGUGCUUGCAGAUCAAACUACGAAGAAUCUGAUUACAUUUCAUUUGUGUAUAUAUGUUUGAAUUUGUUUGAUGCUUUCUACAUUCUGCUGAGCUGAAAAAGUGGGUAUAUAUUCUCAUCAUGGUUGCCACUGCUGCUACUUCAUCAUUCUUCCCUGUUGCUUCUCCGCCACCCGAAUCUGGUGCGAAGACCUCCAGCAAGCUUGGAGGUGUACCAGCAAAUGUAGAUGCACGACGGGUUAAGUCGAAAUCUGCACCUUCUGGGAGUUUGCAGGUUAAGGCCAGUGCACAAGCCCCACCCAAGAUAAAUGGUACCAAAGUUGGUGUAAUGGAAGGCCUCAAGAGUGGGGAUGAGACAUCAUCACCUCCCCCCAGGACUUUUAUCAACCAAUUGCCAGACUGGAGCAUGCUCCUUGCUGCUAUAACAACUAUUUUCUUAGCAGCUGAGAAGCAAUGGAUGAUGCUUGAUUGGAAGCCGAGGCGGCCUGACAUGCUCAUUGACCCAUUUGGUUUGGGGAGAAUUGUUCAGGAUGGUCUUGUUUUCCGUCAGAACUUCUCAAUCAGAUCAUAUGAGAUAGGGGCUGAUCGGACUGCAUCUAUAGAGACAUUGAUGAAUCAUUUGCAGGAAACGGCUCUUAACCAUGUAAAGACUGCGGGACUCUUGGGUGAUGGCUUCGGUUCGACUCCAGAGAUGUGCAAAAAGAACCUGAUAUGGGUGGUAACGAAAAUGCAGGUUAUGGUUGAUCGCUAUCCGACUUGGGGUGAUGUUGUUCAAGUAGACACCUGGGUAGCUGCAUCAGGAAAGAAUGGUAUGCGUCGUGAUUGGCUUCUCCGUGACUGCAAAACGGGGGACAUUUUAACAAGAGCUUCCAGUGUAUGGGUUAUGAUGAAUAAAACGACACGGAGGUUAUCUAAAAUGCCAGAUGAAGUCCGAGGGGAAAUAGGGCCUUACUUUGUGGAUUCACCUCCUGUGGUGGAAGAGGACAGCAAAAAAUUACCAAAACUUGAUGACAGCAGAGCAGAUUGUGUUCGUACUGGUUUAACUCCAAGAUGGAGUGAUUUAGAUGUCAACCAGCAUGUUAACAAUGUGAAAUACAUUGGUUGGAUUCUUGAGAGCGCACCGCUGCCUAUCUUGGAGGGUCACGAGCUUUCGAGCAUGACUUUAGAGUACAGGAAGGAGUGCGGGAGGGAUAGUGUGUUGCAGUCUCUCACUGCUGUAUCAGGCACUGGCAUCGGUAAUUUGCUUGAUACUGGAUAUGUUGAGUGCCAGCAUUUGCUUCGACUGGAGAGUGGGGCUGAGAUUGUAAAGGGAAGGACAGAGUGGAGGCCCAAGUUUGCCAACAGCCUUGGGAGCAUCAGUCAGCUUCCGGCAGAAAGCGCUUAGUGUUCAAGUUUUAGCUUGUGGUGGAAGUAGUCCAGUUGUUAUUUGUCGACUGUAUAAUCAUAGUGUUAUUGGAUUCAUAUAUGUUUCUUCUUUAUAUAUUCCUUCUGAUCUAUGUUUUUUUCUUUUCUUUUUUAAUUUCUUCUUUCUUUCUUUAUUUUUAUUAUUUUUUUUGGAGAAAAAGGAUAAAGUUGUGAGCCCUUUGUAAGUAGCUCCUGAGCUCUCUCUCGCCUUUCUCUGCCAGAUCCUUUGUCUUCUUUAAGGUGGCAGCUCUAUGUUUUUCUUUUCAAUUUUCAAGUUUCCUUUUUAGGCAAUUCUUUGACAAUUAUAAUGAAAUAUGUCUCUCUUAUAGUUGGGUAA